UCAACGCGAGCUAAGACAGUUUUCGGCAGGGCUUCCACUAAUUUCAGUCUUCUUCUUUGGUUUACAACGCAGCCUCCGUUCCAAGACGUCCCUCUCUACCCUAGAAAAGAGAAAAAGGUUCACUCUUCACGUUCGUUGCCGGGCAGAUCUUCGGACUUCAUCGUGAGUCAUGGCUUUUCUCCGCAGCGGCAAAGGAGCCACGAGAAUGUCUCCAGCACCGACAGCUCAAACGUCCACGUACAGAUAUCGGACAUUGCUGGCGACGAAGAUAUUGUAGCAACAACAUACUUUCUGAAGAUAUGCAAGUCAACUAUAUUGAAGCCGUACUCCGUCAUUUUGCAAUUGAUAGCAUGGCGUAAGUUUCGCAAGGACAACCCCACGCGUCACCACCUGUCCUGGAGGUUCAUGAAUGUCCUGUACCCAGCCAUAGUCCUGUCGCUGCUGCUUUUUUAUGCAGCUCUUCAGGGAUUGGCCUGCCCUGGACGUCUAGAAUUCAAAACAACGCAAGCGUCGACACUCCGGAACGCGACCAGACCCGUGCCAAGGAACGCGACCCCAACCCCUGACUACUACUUCUGGGAUGAUUAUGAUGACUACACAACCACGCAGAACUACGAGUCGCAGUCUCUGGACGAGCUGCCGCUGUGCCAGCACCGGCUCACCCUGUACAUCCUGCCCAGCCUGCUGCAAGUGAUCGCCUUCCUCUACGGCUCCUACAUGUUCCGAAUCAUAGGAGUUGAUGAGGAACUGUACGGCAUCAUGGAAAAGGUGUUCCUGCAGUCGUCGGCAUACUUUACGGAGAGGAUCAUCAUAACGAUUACAAGGAGGUUCCUCCUGGCUGGAAUAGUAUGGACGCUUAUGCAGAUAGCGGUACAAAUACUUUACAACUUGGCCGUGGAAAGUGAAGAACAGCUUGUGGAGAGAGCUUUUUCAAAGUUACCAGAGUGGGAGACGGUGUUGCUAAUCACACUUCGGAUCAUGGGCCAGCUGGCGAUGACCAUUGUGGAGAUGGCGGUGGUGCUCAACUACUGCACCCAGUGCGAGAUGAUCAUCAUCUACCUGCGCGGGGUGGCGCUGAGGCUGCGAGAGAAGCGCAUCACCAUCCGCGAGGGCAUGCACGAGCUUUUGGCAAGUAACGACUACAUCAGCCACCUAAACCGCAACCUUGGAAAGGUUACUGCUCUAUUCAUCAUCAACUUUUCAAUUCAUGCGCUCAUUGGUAUAUUCUUAUUUCUUCUCAACCACGACAAGACACCUGUCGUGCUGGCCUACAGGGCAGCCUAUCCAGUCGUGUGGAUAAUCGCCAUGUUUGCUCCCCUCUAUCAGGCAUCCCGGGUGACGGCUGUGGGGUUGAAAAUCUCAAAGAUCAGCAUCGAGUCCAGAGUCUUCGGCUACCAGGACGUGCAAGAGUUCGAUCUCGAUUCUUUCGUUCUCUUCGUCGGGAACAUGAAACUUAGGGCCAAGAUGUUCGGGACUGCGAUAUGGCCGUCCACUAUGCUUUUCUUUUUCGGUGGCACGGCACUGGUUGUGUACCUACUAGUCAUCUGCGACGUGCUCACCAACCCCGUCAUGGGUUCCUUCCUCUGAGCUACAGAGAUCGCACGGUUCUCCAGCUCUACUACUUAGACAGACGUGCAAAUAAACUCACCGGCGCUACCGAGGUCGCGGCCAGCAAUUGUGUGCAUUA